UCAACAUCAACAACAACAACAACAACAACGAACCCGUAAACACAGCGGCUGGUUUGAUUGAUAGAGCGGUACGAUGGAGGUGUACGACCAGAUUGUCAAUCCCUCGACGGUGACACACUGCACGGUGGCAAACUUCACGUCCUUGCAAUGCGAGGACCUCAUUGUGGUUAAGAAUACGCUGUUGCAGGUGUUUCGUAUCGAGGACGAUAGACUGGUGUUGUUUGAUGAAUACACCUUACAAGGACAGGUGCUCGGUGUGGAGCGUGUCAAAGUUGGUGGGUCGAGGUACCACAAGCUUGUGUUGCUUACGAAGUUUGCCAAGUUGAGUAUUGUCUCGUAUAACAUGGCAAAACGGUCUCUGGAGACUGAAUCACUGCAUUACUACGAAUUGGAGUUCAAGAGGCUACACACGAACGGCCUAUCGGAGGCAUCUCUGCGAAUGGAUCCGAACUAUAAGGCGGCGCUGUGCUUCCACAAGGAUAUUCUGGCGUUCUUACCGUUGGCGGCGUCUGAAGAUGACCUUGAUCUCGACGAAACCAUCCAGCAACAUUCAACCGAAUUCCUGUUAAAAUCCACCAUCAUCCCAUCUUCAAAGCUGGACGCAUCCAUACACGACAUCAUUGAUUGUCAGUUCUUGCACAACUAUAGAGAUCCAACGUUGGCUAUUGUUUAUAAUGAAACUCCCGCGUGGGUAGCUGAUUUGACAAUCCACAAGGAUACCGUGAACUUGGUGGUGUUGAACUUGGACCUGGCCACGGGCUCUUCAACACCAAUCAUAAACUUGGAAAAUUUACCCCUCGAUAUAUGGAGUGUGAAAUCGCUUCCAGGUAACGGGCUCUUACUCAUAGGUUGCAAUGAGAUUAUCCACGUUGAUAACUCAGGAAAUACCAAAGGUAUAGGUGUGAACGAAUACUACAAAGACUGUACAGAUUUCAAACUGGAGGACCUCUCAGCUCUAGAUGUGUUUUUGGAGGAUUGUCAGGUGGAAGUACUUGAUAGCUCUGUACUUAUCGCUGAUAAGCAAGGUGGGCUUUUUAACUUGACAUUUCAAAAAGACGGUAAGUCUAUUAGAAAACUCCAAAUGUCCAAGUUGGAGAGUCAAUUCCCAAUGAGCCAGCCCUCGACUGUGGCCAGAAUUGGUGAUUAUGUCUUCUUUGGAAACUCAACAAGCGAUGCUCUCCUAUUGAAAUCGAGAAAAACUGAUUCUGAAAAUGAACAAUCUUUGGAAAAGAUUCAACGAGAAGGCAGAAACGAACAGGACGAUGUCAGCAUGGCCAACGAUGAUGAAGAUGAAGACCUAUAUGGAGAUGAAGAAGACAUUAGCUCAAAUGAAUCUGUCCAGUUUGAUAAAGUAGAUUCUUUGUUUAACAAUGGACCAAUCAUUUCUUUUACACUGGCACGUUUAUCACCAGAGCCUUCAUCCCAGGGGUUGACCAAUCCGAAUUACAACGAACUAUCCAUUGUUGGUGUUAAUGGUGAGAACGCUUCAGGGAGAGUCACAUGCUUCAACCCAACGCUCCAACCGAAAAUCCAUUCCACACUUAAAUUUCAAAACAUCACUAAAUGUUGGAACUUGUUGAAUAAGUAUCUAAUAACCACCGAUUUAAACAAUUUCAAGAGUGAGAUAUUUUUGAUUAAUGACAAUUUCAAGAACUUUCAGAGCUUGGAUUUCAAGAACAACAACAUCACUGUUAACAUUGACGUUUUCACCUCGAAAAAGAGAAUUGUUCAAGUGUCCUCGUCAAACAUUUACAUCUUUGACUAUAGUUUCAAAAAAGUCCUACAAAUGAAUGCGGAUUUUGAAAUAUUGCAUGCAAAGCUAUUGGAUCCAUACAUUAUUUUAACUUCAUCAAACGGUGAGAUAAGAAUCUUUGAUGUUGAUUCUAGAGGCAGAAAGUUGAACAAAGUGAAAUUGCCGAAGUCUUUGACCGAUAUAAUUUUGACCUAUGGUACAGUAUCAAACACCUCGCUACUUAACACUGGUAAGAAGAGGAGCCAAACAGAUGAGAACAUCAAUGUGUCAAACCCAGUAUUCUUAGUAACCACUGUUAAUAACCAGAUUUUGGCGUUCAGACCAAACCAUAACGAAGAGGUGUUCCAAUUUACGAACAUUCAUAAACUUAUUGAAGUUGGGGAGGUGAUUCCCUUCCAAAACGUUGAUGGAUUGGUCCCAGAUCCUUUCUUUAAGCAGGUUGAACUUUUAGCACUUGGUGAUGAAUUCAACAAAGACGAGAUCCUUACGCUAUUGACGAUUGGUGGUGAAAUCAUCACUUAUAAGUUGGAUGGGAGUCAUUUCAAGAAAGUUGAAACCAAUGCAAUUACUGGUGCUCCAGAAAAUGUUUAUCCUCAAUCAACUAUUCUUGAGCGUAAACUUAUCCCAUUCCAAACAAACGGUUAUAAUGUGCUCUUUGUCACUGGUAAGCAACCUUAUAUCGUGAUAAAGACGAGUCAAUCGAAUCCAAAAAUCUUCAAGUUUACUCAUACUUCUCUCAUCUCGCUAUGCUCAUAUGAGGAUAAGAUCAUGUUUAUCGACGGCGGCAAGAAUGCAAGAAUCUGUUCGAUUCCGUUUGGUCCAAAUCACGAUUAUACGAACAAACUUCCAAUUGAUAUAUUUCCUAUUGGUAAGACAAUCAACAACAUUGCCUUCCAUGAGACAUCAAAUUUGUUGGUGAUGUCGUCAUUAAGGGAGAUUCCGUACGACGCCAAAGACGAAGAAGGAAAUCCAAUUGUCGGUACAGAAGAUAAACGUAAAGCCGCUAGCUUCAAGAGCUCCUUGAUCCUUGUUGAUCCUACCAAUUGGGUCAUAUUCGAUGAGAUGGAAUUUGACGACGACAUUGUGGUGAAUUCUGUCAAAUCACUUCAACUGAUCGUUUCUUCCAAGUCCAAAAAACGGAAAGAGUUUAUCGUUUUAGGAACUGCAAAGUACAGAACUGAAGAUUUAACCGUAUUGGGUGCCUUCCAGUUGUAUGAUAUAAUUUCUAUUGUGCCUGAUCCUGACAAGCCUGAUGUUGAUUACAAAUUGAAAGAGAUUGUGAGCGAAGUCGUCAAGGGAGGUGUCACAACUGUCACUGAGAUUAGUGGAAGAUUUUUGGUUUCACAAGGUCAAAAGGUACUGAUUAGAGAUUUGCAACAGGACAAUUCUACUGUCCCUGUGGCCUUUAGAGAUACUCCAACAACUCUAUCGGAUUCCAAGUCUUUUGAGAAUCUGGUUUUGGUUAGUGAUACUUUGAAGAACAUUAUGUUCUUAGGAUUUGACGCUGAGCCUUAUAGGCUUUUGUUGCUGGGUAAGAGCCUGGAAGAUCUGAAUGUUUCAAGUUGUGAUUUCCUCGUGUCUAAUGGUGAAGUCCAUUUCCUUGUUGCUGACCAUGAAGGAACCUUACACCUUGUAUCUUACGACCCGGAUGAUCCAAAGUCUCUCAGUGGCCAGAGGCUUAUGCACAAGACAACAUUCCAUAUCAACACACUCACAACAACCAUGAGACUGGUGCCUAAGCAUGAGGAAUUCAAGCAGACGAGUGAUAGUUAUCAGGUCAUAGGUGCCAAUGUUGAUGGUUCGAUAUUCAAAGUCACACCUAUCGAUGAUCAAACGUACAGAAGAUUCUAUAUACUGCAACAGCAGCUGAGCGACAAAAUUGGCCAUCACUGUGGGUUGAAUCCUAGAGCAAAUCGUCUACAAUUCAAUGACGCUGGAGUUAAACCAAUUAUUGAUUUUGGGCUUAUUAGGCUCUUUGUUCAUUUAAACAUCGAGAAGAGACUUCAAUUCAGCCUCAAAGUUGGUAAAAGAGCAUACGCUGAGAUUUGGAGAGACAUAGUUGAGAUUGAAAACACUUUGAAGAAUCUUUGCGAAUAGAACGAUUGUUUUGACUGUGUU